GGGGGCUCGGCACGGACCGGGGACAGGUGGGGGCGCGGCGGGGGUCGGGCGCUGCCUCCCCCGGGGGGACGGCGGCGAAAGCGGCGGCUCCGCUCCGCCGCUGCCCGGAGCUUAAAAAGCGGCUGUGCGGCAGGUUGGUCGGAGCGAGGACGUGUGCGUGGUACAUGGUGCCUAACGUGACUGCCCGCUUCAGCAUUUGGCUCUCCUGCACUGAAGAGUAAGGAUUGAGCCUGCCACGGGCUCCUGCAGCUGGGCUCCUGCCAGCAGUGCAAAUAACUGACCAGCUUGUUAGAAGAUGACGCUUAUUCCUACUUGAAGCUGCCAUUUGGAAAACAAACACCAGAAGAAUGAGGAAGAAUCCAAGCCUCCGCUGUCUUUUAGCACUAGCUAUUUUAUGUUUAACAAGCUUAGUACAUAGUCAGGAGAUAGGUUCUCCAGGGGACCCCCAGAACUUAAAAUGUGUCACACACAAUUUACGUAAAAUGGUCUGUACAUGGGAUGUCUCUUCUAGAAGAAGACAUGGACAAACUGACUUUUGUUACACCACCAUUGACCACCCUCUUACAGAGUGUUUUAAAACUAAAGAGAAAAGGGUUGAGAUUCCAGUCCCAGAGAGCUCCACCACCAUUAAAAUAACCACAAACAGCAUUUCUGGAACUCCUUUUGCUACCAGAGAAUUUGAAAUUCGCAAGAAAGACAUCUCAUUUAUUCCACUUGCUCCACACAUUCUUAGUUUAACACCUGACUUUCCAACUUCCACAUUAACUCUGAAGUGGAGUGAUAACGGAUCAAUCUUCCCAUAUGGACUGGAUGCCUUUUGGCAGAUUGAGAUUCUCCGUAAGGAAACAAUGGAAAAAGUCACACAAGUAACUUACUAUUCAAAACUGACCCAUGAAGACAUCAUUCUGUCUUGGAACUGGACAUCUGAUAUGCCUUUGGAGUGUACAUCACACUAUGUGAAGAUUCGCUGUUAUAUUAACGUAACACAGUUUGUUGGCCACAAGGAUUGGAGUGACUGGAGCCCAGUAGAAGAGUCCCCUGGAAAAGAUACUGAGCCCCAUGGGAGUGGGGUUUUUCCUCAGGACACUGUAGUGGCAGUGGGUUCAGAUGUGACAAUCUGUUGUGUUCAUGAAGAAGGACAGCAGAUAAAACGGAUGACUUAUGGACCAGAAGCGUACCCACUAAUACGUCUAAGCAGUCGGAGCAGUGCAAUCAGAGUGCUAAAUGCCAGUGCUUCAGACACCAGUGGGACAAAUGUAGUGUGCAGUCUGUCCGAGGAUGGGAUGGAUGGAACUGUCUUGUUUGUGGGAUAUGCCCCUGAUAUUCCCCAAAACCUCAGCUGUGAAACAUCCAACUUCGAGUUAAUAAAAUGCACCUGGAAACCAGGUAGACCCAGUGGACUAUACGGAAAACGAGGAACAAAGUACAGCUUAUUUGAAAGGAUAUCUGGAAAAAAUGUUUCCUGUGAAGUAAAUGAAAUGAACAAAGAGCGUGUUUGUGGCUUUCCAGUACUGGCUAAUCAAAAAACCUACAAUUUCCUAUUAGGUGUCUCCAAUCCUAUUGGACAAACAGAAGCAUCACUUUUGGUUGAUAUAAGUCAGAGAGUUCAUCCAAAAACUCCGGAAAAGUUAACUGUUUCUGGGAACAGCUCUACAAGCGUCCAUCUGCGUUGGUUUAUAAAUGGCAGUUUUGCUGAGAUCAGGCUUCUGUGUCAAAUUGAAAUUAGCAAUGGUCACUCUGAGCAAAAACUGCACAAUGUCUCCAUGCCUGGUGGAAAAUCCUCGACUUAUACAGCUCAGCUGAAUACGCUGCACCCCUAUACCAAAUACUGGUUCAGGGUACGCUGUUCAGCUGCUGACCACUUCUGGAGAUGGAGUGACUGGAGCAGGAUAGAGGAGCACACAACACUGGAAGCCCCUCCUGCAAGAGGACCAGAUAUCUGGAGGGAGAGAAGUCCUUCGGGAAAAAGUCUAAAAAUCUUCUGGAAGCCCUUAUCCCUUUCUGAAGCCAAUGGAAAAAUAGUGUCUCAUGAAGUUUCCUGCUACCUGCUAGAGAAACCACUGGAGUAUAAAGAAGUCACAGAACCCUCAAACAGUACUGAGAUAAAACUUGGAAGAAAUGACUGUGUAGUUAGUGUUGUAGCCAAAAAUCAUGCAGGCUCGUCUCCUCCUUCAAGGAUAACAACUGUAGAACUUCCAAGUGACAAUGUCAAAACAGAUCGGGCCGUGGCAAUGGGGAAUGGAAUUUAUAUUUCUUGGAAUUCUUACCCCAACAUGACCUGUGGCUAUAUAGUAAAAUGGUGUCAUUCAUCUGGGUCUGAACCCUGCAGUGUGGACUGGCAGAAAUUUCCUUCAAAUACGACAGAUGCAGUGAUAAAAUCUGCUCUGUUUAGACCUGGAGUGAGAUACAACUUUUCACUAUAUGGUUGCAAAUCCAGUGGAUAUCAGUUACUGAAAAACAUAACUGGGUAUACAAAAGAGCUGCCUCCGAAACGUGCACCAAAUUUUACUGUAGAAGAAACUUCUUCAGAUUCAAUAUUGGUAAAAUGGGAAGACAUGCCUAUUGAGGAUUGUCAGGGGUUUUUAGAGGGAUAUCGUCUUUCCUUUGCAAAAGGUGAAAAAGAUGCCUUGAAGCCUAGACUUUUGGAAUCAGGGAAUCCAGAACUUAAAGUUAAGAAUAUCACUGACCUGACAAAAAAGUCUUUGAAAAUACUUGAUCUUCAAGGGAAAACAAGUUACCAACUGGAUCUACAAGCCUAUACGGCUGGUGGGUUGAGCCCUCCUAACAGCCUCUACGUGGUGACAAAGGAAGACUCUGUAGGACUAAUCAUUGCAAUUCUCAUCCCUGUGGCAGUGGUUGUUCUGCUUGGAGUGGUGGCGAGCAUCUUUUGCUAUAGAAAGAGGGAAUGGAUUAAAGAAACAUUUUAUCCAGAGAUCCCGAAUCCUGAGAACAGUAAGGCACUGCAGUUUCAGAAGAACAUCUGUGAGGGAAAUAAGACUCUAAAAACACUGGAAAUGAACCCCUGUACACCCAAUAGUGUUGAAGUGGUGGAAACACGGUCUGCAGUUCCCAAGAUUGAAGAUACAGAGAUGAUGUCCCCGGCAGCAGACACUGUUGUACCUGAAGAUGGAUCUGACUCAGAAACAGAAAAUCAUGUGGUUGUGUCUUACUGCCCCCCUAUCAUUGAAGAGGAAAUCUCAAAUCCCCCUAUGGAUGAAUCUGUGGGGUCAUCUCAGGUGGUUUACAUUGACAUCCAGUCAAUGUAUCAGCCUCAAAUUAAGCCAGAGGAGGAGUCAGAAAUAGACUUAGUGACUACAGCAGGCUAUAAGCCACAAAUGCAGCUGCCUAUCAGUGCUCUGAAAAUAGAGGGUCGCUCACCUGCAGAGGAAGAAUCAGAUAAAACUGCAGGUUACAGACCUCAAGCAAACACAAAUGCCUGGAACAUGGACACUCCAGACUCUCCUGGAUCAGUUGAAAGCAACAAUGAAAAUGCAUCUUUUGGGAGUCCGUGCUCUAUUAAUUCCCGACAGUUUCUGCUUCCCCCAAAAGAUGAUGAAGAUUCUCCCAAACCCAAUAACAUAGGAUGGUCCUUUACACACUUCUUUCAGAACAAACCAAAUGAUUAAGUGAGUCCACAUUGCACCUGAACCUGCCUUCUAAAUAAGCUCUUAUUCCUGAUGUUGUAAAGAAAGGAGGAAGAAAAGUGCAAAGAGCAUGCAUUAUUCUUGGAGACAGUCAGCAGAGGUUCUAGUAAGCUGAAUGUUAUCAUGUUUAAGUUAGUGAAAGUGUUGAUGUUCCAUUUUAACAGAGGCUAAGUGGCCAAAGUUAUAGCAAUUUAGUUAUUACUCUAGUAAAGUAUAUUGGAUAUAGGGGGUAUUGAGUUUAGAUCUCCUGAUAAAUGUAGUCAAAGAACUCUGCCUACCGUCACUUAGUGUUCCAAGAUCAAUAUGGUUUCAUACAACUUAUAACUUGGAAAGAUUGCUUUGCUUUGUUGUAGUUGUUCUCAACCGUGCAUACUCAAAUAGUGUAUCCCCAACAGAUUUACUCACUUGAGGGUUUCAUUUAUCACAAACCUCAGCCUAAUGCAUGGAAAGGAUAUGGUUGGAAACUCUUGAGAUCUUUUACCUAGUGAUAAACUAAGAACAAGUCAAAGUGCUACUUUUUUUUUCUCCCAUACAAAAGGGUAUUGUCACUGCUUAACACUUCUGAAGCAAUGGCUUUUCAAAUCUGUUGCUUUUUAACUAGACACUAGUUUCUGUACCUACUGUAUGUUUAUUCAAUGUUUGACUCAGGGGUACAAACUUGGGAAAAAAGUGUAACACUGAUUUAAACCUCAGCAAGAACUGCAUGAAGUUUUAAACUUUUUUUUUUAAAAAAAAAACUUUGAAUGCUCUAUAUUUUUUCUAUCCUUGGGUUAAGGAAUUAAUGUUUCCUAAUGUAUUGCACUAAUGCAUUUUGUAUUUUAUAGUUUCAGCUCCAGAUCUCCUGCCUCAAAGUGGUACAAUACUCCAUUCCCCCACAGUAUUCAGCAGUCUUUGGACUGUGCAGUAAUGUAAGCCAUGGGGAAGUCUGUCCACUAACACUAGUUGUCCAAGCAGUUUGGUACCAGACAUUAGAGGUAGUACUAUAGCUCCUUGAGAACAAAUUGCUCUUUGGACGGUCUUUAUUGCAUUAGCUUUGCCACCUGCUGCCUGGCUGUUCUCCACAGUGUCUAUACAACAGGACCUUCUCUACAAAUCUUAUCUAGGAGUACAAAGUGGGAUUGCUCCAGUGGCAUGGAGAAACCCAAAGAGGUUUUAGUGCCACUACUUCUACCUCUCCUUUACCAGACAUGUGAAGCAAAGAUAGCUUAAAUGAUGUAAAUUUGUGUGCUUAAAGAAGUGUUCAGAACAAUCAUCUUUGAAAAUUUUUGUUUUCGCAUAUGCAUCUAUAAGGCAGCUGUAAUUGUAACAUUUCACUUUGUAAACUUAAGACUGUGGCAUGCUAUGAGUUUCACUAGCUUACAAGACAAAGUGCUUUCUAAUUUACCUGUUCCUUAUUACUUUACAAUAAGUAAAACACAGUGAUGAGAGAUCAAAUGUUUAAAUGCCUGAUCAGAAAGGGUCUCCAUACAGUCCUAACCAAACAUUUUUAUUUUUUUUUUUUAAUUUUGAUUUCCUGAACUAGAUUGUGGCUUUUGGAAUAAACAAGAUGAGUGGAUUUCUAAAUGAGAUUCCAAACCAAAUAAAGAGGUUGAAUUGGCUAAGCUGCCAGUUGUAAAGGUGUGUGAGCAGACCAGGAGGAUGGCUAGCUUAACAGGUGUUCAGUCUACAAAACCACGUUAUCUGGCCAUCAAAAUAAAACCAAGCAUUAGGUUAAACCUAGUCACAGCAAGGGGUGGUGUGGUUUCAGAUAUUGGAAAGUCUCUGCCAUCUCUGUAGAAUGAAAAUACAGAGGGAUUUCAAGACGGACAGAAAGGCAAAACACUAAAUAGCUUCCAAAUCAUCAUCAGUAACAACUGCCUGUGCAGGCCUUCUGGAAGAGUGAAAUGUGAAGACAGUAAAACCAGAUCAGUCUGCCUGAAAGAACUGAAAGUGCAGAUAGGAUUCUGCUUUUGAGGAUGAAUCUUGGAAUUAACAGAGCUGCAAGUGAAAAGAAAGGCAGUGUGAAUAGCUGGUGUCCAUCUGUCACCAGGCAUCUCUGCAAGAGAAAGUUUCAUGCCUAACCUAUUACUGCCUAUUAUUCAGAACACUAAAAUAAUACAAAAAAGGAAGCAGUUCUGCUCUUUGUGCUUGAUAGCUGGGCAGUGGCUGUAUCCUAAUACUAACCAUGUUUUCUUUCUAUUCCAAAGCUCACAAUGCUUCAUUUAAAGCUGAUUUCUUUUCACUAAGGCAGAUUUUUCUUAAUGUAUUUAUCUCCUAAGAUGAAUUUUAGAUUGUGCUGCCAUAUGCUUUUAAUUGAAAGCAGAAGAUGUCCAGAACAGAGUGCAUGGAUAGUGGUUUGUUGUGUUUCUGUUUAAUGGAGCCGUUUCUCAGUGCAGAGGAGCAAUUACUCUUGUAUGGUGAUUCGCAGGAAAAAAGAAAACUCUGAUCUAGUAGAACCACAGUGCUUUCUUAUGGCUGUAUAUUGAAAGAAGUUACACCAAACUGCAGUUUGGGAGUACUGGCAGAUUUUAACUCAGCAGACUAAAAAUCAGGGUGAAUGCAGAGAACACUCAGAGGUCACAGAAAGCAGCCUAACACCCUGCACAGUGCUCUUAGGAAGAAUCAGUUGAACACAACUAUCACAUAUUCAGGUUUUCCUUCACACUGCUCUUCCUUUUCAGUGAAGCCAAAAGCAUUUUCAAUUGCUUCAUUUCUGAGCUGGUGGAAAGUUCCCCAAAGGUAGGGUCUGCCUCAGUGCUAUCAAGGCACUCUAAUGUAAUUAUCUGUCACUGCCAUUUUUUUUUAUUUUUUUUUAAACUUUAAAUAUCUGUUUUAUUUGUCUGGUGUUCUGACUUCCAGGAUGUAGGGCAGAAGAGUCCUGUUAAUAUCAAUGGCUUACCAAAUCCUUAAUCGUGUAUCAGUAGCACUAUAGUGGGGCAAACAGGGGAGAGACGCAGGCUUGCACAGCAUAUGUAGCAUUGAUUACUGUUGCUUAAUGGUUAUGAACCAGUGAGCAGUCUUCGUUCCAGCACUAGAAAGGUCAGUUGCUUUCACUAUGUGGUUCCUAUUGAGCCUAUUCAGUGCUAGCAGUGAGGACUCCUUUCAAACGCCUGUCUUAAAUCUUCUGCAGCAAAUCCAUGCACUAGAUGGGUGGGGAGAGUAUGUGUGCUAAUUUAGUAACCAGGUGAAGACACCCUUAGGUGCAUGUAGUAGUAAGAAUGAGUGACAAGGACUGUCAGGGCACAGACUUACUUUUUGAGCCUGAGGGACAUGUUAAACCAGUGAAGCAUCUUUAAGAAUGUCUUCCAUACCAAAUUCACUUUCAAAGUGUGGUGCUGUUUAGCUUCUAGAUGUACUGAUAACAAUUGUAAGACUAAAACUUUCGGCUUUAAGGGGAUCAGACUCCUCGUACUAGUGCCUUUGGACUUCCCAGUGAGCCUCUUCAGUCAAAUUAGACGUGAGUAGAAUUCCUUCCCCUUGACUUGAAAAAAUGUAUUAGGAAUCUUGAAGUACUGUAUUUCAUAACAGUAAUUUUCUGAAAGAUCUUACUCCUUUAUUCAACAUCUAUUUUGUUUUAGUCCUUUUAAAUUUUUGCUUUUUUUUCUAAAAGAAUAGAAAGUUCUUUUCUCUUUUUUUAAUAAAAAGAAGGAAAGGGAAAAAAAAGAGAGAAAACUUCCAGAAGGGAUACGAGCAGUAGAGAUUGUGUCCAAAACACUGUUACUCCUAACUCAAUGCUUCAGUCCUUUGGCUGGAUCAGUGUUCAGAGAUGCAGGGUGCCAAUGUCAAACAAUUUCUUUCCAAAGCGAAUCAUCAGUGCUGCUGCUUUUUUGUUUUGAGCCAUGCCUGUCAAAUGUGACAGCUGGGUUUGGGUUUUGUAACGGUUUUUUGUACUGUUCACUUCAUGCAUGGAACAAUGGUCAUGUUUGAUAUAAUAUCAUGCACUCUCCUAUUUGACGUGUUGGUUAUUUUUGCUGUUCUGACUGACAUGCAGGGGCUGAUCUGGGAUCUUGGUUUUGUGUCUUAAAUUUGGGAGUUGUAGAUUUGAAUGUGAUAUACCUCACAGAACUACUAGUUAAUAUUUCAACAAAAUAGUAAGCUAAUAUUAUGGGCAGGCAGUGAAUUAUCUUCCCUGCUGUGUGGUGGCUGCAUACGCAGACUUAGGACCUAAUCACUGACAUUUGCUGUUGUAGGUGUCUCUGUUAUCCAUAGCUGCUGCUUUCAUGGGUGAGCUGUUUCCAAAGGGAACCAGUGGUCGUGUUGUCUGUCACGGCACAACUGGCAAGUGUAACGUGUUUCUUCAUCUUUGGUUUAUGUGGGGGACCAGAGCUUUCCUUUGCUGGGCACAGGGCAGGCAGCAGAGUGCUCCUGCUAAGCUUGAGUUUCAAGCUGCUCUGAAGAGGCACAUUCAAGCCUCCUCUCCCUCUCUUUCUCCUUCUCCCUUUUCCUCUCCUUCUCUCCCCCUUUCCCCUCUCUUUUUGAUAAGUUCAACUCUGUAAAGUUGAAGCGGAGGACUGUGGGGUUCCCUCUUAUGCUGUCCUCCUGGACGCUCAGUUGACCGUGAACUGUAGUGAAAAUGAAGGCAAGUGGAUGCGCUGGAGGGAGGUGGUUGGAUAUCACUAUUAAGAGGCAAUGAGAAAUUGUGGUCUAUUUUUAGACAAUUGUUUCUUUGUAAAUAGAAUAUUUGUACCUAUGAGUAGAUAGAAAUAUAUUAAAAGAAUUUGAAAUGCAUAGGAAAAAUAUGGGUAGUAUUUAAAGAAUCAGAUUGCUAACAAGGUUCUGUACCAUAAAUAUAUCAAGAGCUUCCCAUGUAAAUAGCAUCCUCUGCUCUGCCACGACUUUGAUGAAGACCUCAGAUCAAAUGACAUUAGUAUUUUUAACACUAAGUAAGGUCCUAACUCCUUAGGCAAAUACGUGCUUGCAGCAUUGUGUAACUAGGUGCGUAUUGCAGAAGAAGUUGGCUUACAGUUCCCAAAGCAUGUUUUUUUGAGCCCUGUACUUGAAUAAAUAUAUGCCUUCGGAGGUGCAUUUUCGCCUAGAGGAAAUGGUUGCCGUCUGCACUCCUCCUAUCAUCCUACAUGGAGUUUGUGCUGCCGUGCAUUUAACGGUGACCUGUCUGGCUGAUGUUCAGAGACAAUGUCUGCAGUUCUAAGGAUUCAUUGUUGGCUUCUUCAUUGACUUGUCCUUAGCAAGCCUGGGAACACAGUCCCAGACCCCAAAUGCCAGAUACUGAGAUUCAGAAACACUGGAGUGUUUAAAAGCUCAUUUCCUCAUGCUUAGGCCUGUCUUAAAUUUGUAAAUGCCUUCUUAGAAGCUGGAAAACAGUUUCUUCCAUAACAAUUUUCUUUCCCCUCCUCUCCUAUUUAUAUAACUCUGGAUUUUCCCCAGUGUUUCUAAGAUAGCCAGUGUUUAUUUCCUUUUUGCAUGUUAUGCAAACAAACCUCAGAUGAUAUUGGCAGGGUUUUCUGUAACUUUACAAGUUGUCCCAGGGUGCUUAACAAUGCUUUUUCCCCACAAAAAAAAUGUCUAUUAAGUUCUUUCUCUUUUUCAACAAAAAAAAGUCUUCAGAGAAUAUUUGUAUUUCAGAUGUUGGGGGCUGAGCUUUCAACUGCAGGUGAGCUUGCCUGUGAGCAGGGUGCUCUGUGAGGGAUGGUGUUAAUCCCUUACCAGACUCAUCCUGCCCUUGUGCCUGGGUGACUCUGUCCUGAGCCAGAGCAGAAGCCAUCCUUAUUUCUUAAUGUGUUACCUGAUGGUAUCUAGAGGUAGGAUUUUGGACAGUCCCAAAGCUGCACUUCAGCUGGAGUUACCUGAAAGCAAGCUGCAGUGGAAAUAGAUGCACAGCUUCCAUGAACCUGCCACACGUUUCAGUACCUUUGCAACUCACUUUGGUUUAAUGUGAAAACCAUAGUACCCAGAGAGUAAAGUUUAACCAGAGACUAUGUAAAAAUUGAAAUGUUUUAAUUUUCCUUAUUUGUGCUGAGAUAAACUCAAAAAGCUCAAAUAGGGCAAAGUAAAACAGACACUGGUAAGGUCUCACACUUUUUAGUAGUAAUACAAAUAAAAAACAAUUCUUGAAUUUCACUGCAACAGUGUUUCCUUAACGUGAUUUUAAGAAUGGCUUAGGAUGAACAGCACUAUAUACUUCAUAGCCUUUCAGAAACAUUUGUAAAGCAGGGAAUGGCCAAAACGGAAGAUAACUGAAUCACCUCUCAUCUGAAACCCUACUUGAAGGUAAAGAUAGUUUGAACUUUGGUCAGGCUGUGAUACACAAAGCAGUGGAGCUAGUGAAGUCAUGCAGGUCACCUGAAGGAAAAAAAAAGUUGUACUAUAAUGCUGUAACUUUCAAAAUAUAUACUGUGAACAGGUUCAAUGGUUUUUUAACUCUUUUUAUACCAUAUUUUUUACAGCAUAAGUAAUUUGUUUAGAGAUGUUUUUAUGUUAUGUUUUUACAAAGAUUUUAAUGGACUUUUGUUGAAUACUAGUGAAAAUGUUUCCCAAUUUGAAAUGGUCAUCUAUAGAAAUUAGUCCUGAGAAUAAAUCAAUAAAUCAAACUGACAAAAUAGCCAACCUAACACACUAAACCUAAUGUCAUUUAACAUAUUUCUGUUGCUGAAUGAUACCGAAGUUUUCCAGCUUCCAGAUCUGUUACGGAAAAAAAGAUGUAUUUUAUGAUUUAAACAAAAUCAUCACAAUGCACUUUAAUGAAGUUGUAGCAUACCAAGUGGAAUAGUGAUUCAACAACAUGUAUCAACAAGAAAAUCUGUUAGCUAAGCAAUUAAACAAAUGCAUGUUUGAAAAUGGAAGCAUGGGACUGUGUUGGGGAAAUAAUAUUCCAGUGGGGCAGAUGACUUGUAAGACUAACCUAACACUAAGAUACCAACUUUGCAUACAUUUUAAGCCUAGUUUGCUUGGCUGUUGUAACUCCUGUUGUAUUGCUUGUGUGUCUAAAAAUACGCAUGUAUUUAACAAUUUUACCAUAGUAUUGCCAUGGAAUUUAAUAAAUAUAUUUUCUUACACUCUUA